AUGGCCACAACCGGCAGCAUACCCCGGCCGCCCAGCACGGGGCCCGACAGGGGAUGGGAGGAGCUGCGGAGAGAGGCGCGGCGGCUGGAGGGAGAGCUUGAGUCAAAGCUGCAGGCGUUGACCAAGCUGUGCGCGGGCUUCGAAGCCAGCUACCACCGCAGCCGGCAAGACGCCCCCGGGCUAGGGCACGACCAGUUGGCGCAGGCCCGGGCGUCCGAGGUUGGCGCGCUGCUGCAGCGGCUGAGUGAUGUGAAUGACGAGAUGGGUGGCGUCAUCGGCGGCGGCAGCGACGCGCGGGCGCACACGCUCGCGCGCCACAGGGACGUGCUGCAGGAGUACACGCAGGCGCGGUCACACGCGGAGUUCCGGCGGCUGGAGUCGUCCCUGGGGGCGGCGCGGGACCGGGCGGAGCUCCUGGGCGGCGGCGGCGGCGAGGGCACGCCGCUGCUUAGUGUGCAGGUGCACACCGCGUCGGGCGCGCUGCUGCGGGAGCGCACGCAGCUGGCCGCGUCCUCGGGCUACGUGGACGCGAUGCUGGCGCAGGCGCAGUCCGUCAGCAAGAGCCUGGCGGAGCAGCGGCGCGUGUUCGACACAGUGCAGGACAAACUGCUGAGCGUGGGGGAGCGCUUCCCUGCAGUCAACGGACUGCUCAACGCAAUCCGCCGGAAAAAGUCAAAGGCCGACGCCUGGUUCGAGGAGGCGCUGUCCCUGCGCGACUCCGACCCCGAGCAGGCCAUCGCCCUCAUGUCGCGCGCGCUCGAGGCGCGCAACAAGGCGUACGGCGAGACAGCUCUUGAGUGCGCGCACGCCUACAUGUACUAUGGGCAGAUGCUGUUCGAGCAGGCCCAAGCAGCGACCGACGUCCUCGGCGACCAGGUGCGGCGCGCCGCCAAGGACCGCGACGCCGCCGCCGCCGCAGCCGACGACGGCAGCGAUGACGCGGCAUCCGACUCCGACGCAGAGCCUGACGCCGCCCCGGGGCCGCCGAACCCGCCGGACCCCGCCGCCGCCGGCCCGAGCGACCCGCGAGCCGCCGCCGCCGGUGCCGCCGGCGACGCGGAAGGCGGGGAGGCGGACGACAUGCAGGUCGCGUUUGAAAUGCUGGAGCUCGCGCGCGUGAUCUUCGAGCGCCACGGGGGCGCCGCCGCGCACCCCAGCGAGGUGGCGGACGUGCACUUGUAUCUGGGAGACCACUGCACCGAGCGGGAGGAAUUCGGGGAGGCGGUGGCGGAAUACGAAAAGGCGGCGGCUGCGCUGUCGCGGAUGGAGCCGGUAAUCCCAUUCCGCCCCUCCCACCCCCUGCAAACUUAA